AUGGUGAAGCUGGCGACGGCGCGGGAGUGCCGGGCGUACAGCCUGGGCGGCGGCGGCGGCCGGGAACGGGCGGCGCGGGGGCGGUGGGAGUACAUCAACGCCGGGGCGUACGUCUUCGCGGCGGUGCUCCUCGUCGGCGGCUUCGUGGGGCAGCUCUCCACGUGGACCGCCACCAGCCGGUCGGGCCUCGCGGCGGCGGCGCUCGGCCUCCUCGUCCUGCUGCUCGUCAACGCGCACGACCUCCUGGCGCACGCCGCCGGCGUCGACUACAGCCUCGGCCUGGCCGCCGGCGCCGACAGCCAGUUCGCGCUCGUUGAGCUCGCCGUCCCCGCCGUCCACAUCGCCGGCACCGUGCUCACCUUGGUCGCGCUCACCUUCUUCGAGAUUCAGAUGACUAGAGGGUACCGGCACAACCUAGAGAAGCAUGGUUUGAACUUGCUCGUUGCCGGGCCGGCGCUGUGGUUACUCGGAUCCGUACACAACAUCUGCCAGGUCUACGAGCGAGCCAACGGGCACGUCCAGAUCCUCCAGAAGUGUGUCCAAACGCCCUUACUUCUGGGGAGCACGCUGUUCUUGAUCGGCGGCAUCGUCAACUGGAAUGGCAUCCACAGCCAGUCAUCCUACAGCUCAGAGCUACUGGGGAAGAGCUGGGGAUGGUUCUGCCUCGCCGGGAGCCUCCUGUUCCUCGCCGGAGGGUUGCUGAACCUCCUCAAGGUGUUCAAGAUGCAGCAGAUGGACGGCCGGGGCCUGGAGAAGCUGCGCGGCGGAGCGCAGGAGCGGUUGAGCAGGGAGAGGGAGGGCAAGGUGCCCCUCAUCCUUGAGGAGGGACGGGGGAGGAACCUGGCAGCGCCGCCGCUGAGGGCUCCGGCGUCCGGCCAGAUACCGCCGCCUCCGGCAGGGUCCUACAAAGAGGCCGUCGUGAGCGGCGCACCGGCGAGCUAGCUGCUGCACUGCAUUGUCAUGACGAUGAGAAUAUGGAAGGUGAUCAAACAAUGUGCCAUGGCAUCGUUCAGGUAGGUAGGGCAGGUACACUGCCACAUUGCCACUCUGUAAUUUCGUAUUUGCAACUGUCACGUACUGUACAAUGUUUGGAUGUGUGCCUGUGAAUUACGUUGGAAAUAUACAUAAUAAUGGUGUAAUAAGACUUUUGCUGUCCUGCAUAUAUUUAGCCAAUAAA